AUGUCCACAACACAAGCCACUCUCGAAGCCAUCAAAUACCAACGAGGUUCUCUCGAAAUUCUCGACCAACUUCUCAUUCCGAAGACUUUUGUUUAUGAAGUCGUGGAUACCACAGAGAAGGCUUUCCAUGCCAUCCGUGAUAUGAAAGUCCGAGGUGCUCCAGCUAUUGCCAUUGUUGCAGUGUUGUCUUUGGCUGUCGAGGCUAAUAAACUCUUAUCGGAUGAACAACAAGAUGCUUCGAGUGUGGCUCAACUCUUCAUUAAAAAGUUGGACCAUUUGGCUGAGAGCCGUCCAACUGCUGUAAAUCUCUUCCAAGCCGUUGGUGAUUUCAAAAACAAGAUUCAAGAAGCAUUGCAACAACAAAAGACCGCACAACAAAUUUGCCAACUUGUGAUUGAUGAAGCAGAGGCAUUGAUGAACAGAGACAUUGAAGAAAAUGCUAGAAUUAGUGAAUUUGGAAGUGAGCACAUUAUUUCAACAUCAUCCACCGGAAAGGAUUUGCAAGUGUUGACUCACUGCAACACCGGAGCUUUGGCCACCAUGAAGUAUGGUACUGCUUUGGGUGUGAUUCGUUUCUUGAAUAAGAAGCAAGUAUUAAAUCAUGCCUUCUGUACAGAGACAAGGCCAUACAAUCAAGGUGCCAGACUCACUGCUUUCGAGUUGGUCUAUGAGAAAAUUCCUGCUACCCUUAUUUGUGACUCUUCUGUGAGCUAUUUGUUCAAGACCAAGAAAAUUGAUGCCAUCAUUGUUGGUGCUGACCGUGUAUGCAACAACGGAGACACUGCCAAUAAGAUUGGUACUUAUCAUAUUGCAGUGAGUGCUAAACAUCAUGGUAUUCCUUUCUACGUGGCUGCUCCUUUCACAUCCAUUGAUUUGACUUUGGCCAGUGGCGAUUUAAUAACCAUUGAAGAAAGAAGUAGCACGGAAGUGACUCACUUUAGAGGUGACAGAACUGUUUGUGAAGGCAUUGGAGUGUGGAAUCCUGGAUUUGAUGUCACUUCAGCUGAACUCAUUAGCGGAUUCUUCACAGAUAUUGGUGUGUUCACUCCUCUCACUGAUCCUACGACUGGUAAAAAGUACUACGAUUUGAAAACACAACAAGCUGAAUUGCUAAAGAACAAACAACAAUAA